GCUUGACAUCACCUUCACCGAGGAUCAAUCAAUCAAUAAGCCUCCUUCGGCUGGCUUUGGAUAUCUAAGGUAUAAUCAUUCUGCUACAACUCAGCUGCUACUACUCCUCUGACAUGCCAUUCAAAUUGAAUCUCUAAUCACCCAUCUCCUGCCAUUACCACCUGUGAACAUUGCCAGUCCAUCCAUCGCCAUGAAGCAUCGUGUUAUUCACCAAUUCAAGAGGGCACACGUCGUCAGCAAUCCCUCGACUGCACGACUCUCACUUGCGCUUCCUGUAGGGCGAAAGUGCUACUCGACACACCCGCCGAAUGCCAAACUAAAUCUGCCUGUCGACUAUGGCACAACUCCUCUCCUCGCACAUAACUCACAGGCUGCUUUGAGCCACAAGGAGCUGCCUGAAAGCAUUCGAAAUGGCCCGACCAAGAAGAUGAACCUGUUUCAGGCCCUCAACGACGCGAUGGGAAUUGCACUGGCUGAGGAUGAGUCUGUGGUCAUUUUUGGAGAGGAUGUUGCUUUUGGUGGUGUUUUCAGAUGUACUAUGAACCUGGCCGAAACCCAUGGUGCCGAGAGAGUAUUCAAUACUCCCCUUACAGAACAGGGUAUCAUGGGAUUCGGCAUUGGUCUUGCUGCGGAAGGCAUGCGGCCUAUUGCUGAGAUUCAGUUUGCCGACUACGUCUACCCAGCUUUCGAUCAAUUAGUCAACGAGGCCGCCAAGUUCAGAUAUCGUGACGGGUCCUGCGGGCGAAGUGUGGGUGGCUUGACAGUACGAAUGCCCUGCGGUGGUGUUGGUCACGGAGGUCUCUACCAUUCACAGUCUCCCGAGAGUCUGUUUACACAUAUUCCUGGACUGAAGGUCAUCAUGCCAAGGUCGCCAGCUCAAGCCAAGGGUCUCCUCCUGGCCGCAAUUCGCAGCAACGAUCCCUGCGUGUUUAUGGAACCCAAGAUCCUGUACCGCGCCGCCGUCGAGCAAGUUCCUGUUGGUUCAUACGAACUCCCACUAUCAAAGGCCGAGAUUCUCAAGGAAGGCAAGGAUGUCACUAUCGUCUCAUACGGUCAACCCCUCUACCUAUGCCAAAACGCCAUCAAGCAGGCAGAGCAGGACCUAGGCAUCUCUGUUGAGUUGAUCGAUCUUCGGACUCUGUAUCCAUGGGAUAAGCAGACCGUACUCCAGAGUGUUCGCAAGACAGGACGAGCCAUGGUUGUCCACGAAGCUAUGGUGAAUGCAGGCAUUGGUGCUGAAGUUGCCGCCACCAUUCAAGAAGACCAUGAUACAUUCCUGCGAUUAGAGGCACCAGUCGCUCGAGUUGCUGGGUGGAGUAUUCACUCGCCUCUGCUAUAUGAAAAGUUUAAUGUUCCUGACGUUGCUAGAAUAUAUGAUAAUAUCAAGAAGUUGUUGAACUAUUAGUAGAAGAAUAAUGGAUGGGGGGGUAAAACGGUUACCAAAACAGCCAAGAUAGCUAGAGUCGUAACAUAGAAAUUCGAGGAAUCGAUUCUUUGUGGAGCACACAUGAUUUGAUGA